AUGGUCUUAGCUCCUGAAUAUUCAGACAAUAAAAAGAAAAAAGAAGAAAAAAAUGACAUUGAGAUAGUUAUGAAUUCCAUUAAGUUUCCGUUACUUGAUCGACCAACCCAAAAUUCUGUUAUUUCAACUACAUUGAAUGAUCUUUCAAAUUGGUCAAGACUCUCCAGUUUAUGGCCGCUUCUCUAUGGUACCAGUUGUUGUUUCAUUGAAUUUGCUUCAUUAAUAGGCUCGCGAUUUGACUUUGAUCGUUAUGGACUGGUACCAAGAUCGAGUCCUAGGCAAGCAGACCUAAUUUUAACAGCCGGCACAGUAACAAUGAAAAUGGCUCCUUCUUUAGUGAGAUUAUAUGAGCAAAUGCCCGAACCAAAAUAUGUCAUUGCUAUGGGAGCCUGUACUAUUACAGGAGGGAUGUUCAGUACCGAUUCUUAUAGUACUGUUCGGGGAGUCGAUAAGCUAAUUCCUGUGGAUGUCUAUUUGCCGGGCUGCCCGCCUAAACCGGAGGCAGUUAUAGAUGCUAUAACAAAACUUCGUAAGAAGGUUUCUCGAGAAAUAUAUGAAGACAGAAUUGUGUCUCAACAGAAGAAUCGAUGUUUUACUACCAAUCACAAGUUUCAUGUUGGACGCAGUACUCAUACUGGAAAUUAUGAUCAAGGAUUACUCUAUCAAUCGCCAUCUACUUCAGAGAUCCCUUCUGAAACAUUUUUCAAAUACAAAAAGUCAGUAUCUUCCCACGAAUUAGUGAAUUAG